CUUGAAGAAUAUCACUUCCUGCCUGCCUGCCUGCACUAUUAACGUCAAUGGGCUUCUACUCCAGGCAGAUUUCUUGAGUGGCGGCAAGCCGACCAAGGUUGGACUUUUCUCACCUCAACCCAAUUGGGAUCCAAUGCCAGUAGACCCAAAGAAUUGAAAGGGAAGGGAGGAAACCGAGCUGGACUAAAGUCACGCUGGCCUGGAGGAGUUGAAAUGGCCUCCAAGGAGGCAGAGGAAGACUUGAUGAGCCCCCGUGAUCAACAGGAUUAUCUCCCAGUGGUACAGCAGGAGGAGAAAGCAGAAGGACAGAGUGUGGCAAGUCCUGGAGAUGUUUCUGAGGGAACGGAGUUGAGCAACCAUGUCGGACUGCUAAAAAACGAAGAGAAAACAUCGCCCGGAAAAGAUGCCCCAGGGAUGGAGGAAAGAUCUCCAUCUCAACCCGAGCAUGCUCCAUUCCCGGCUUCCCAACGCUGGGACGAUUUAUUUCUGACCUCCAUCGAAAAGGCAAUCAACACUCACCCGGGGAAAUGGAUGUCCCAGCUCAUCCCAGGCCUCAAAGACGAAGGGGAAGCAUUUGAGGACAAGGAGAUUGGAGACUACGGGAAAGUGAAGGCGGCCAUCUUGCGGGUGGAUGCGAUCAGCACCGAAGUCCAGCGGCAGCAUUUCCGGCGGUUCUUAUACCGAGAGGUUGAUGGUCCCCGGGAAGCCUGCAGCCGUCUCUGGUUCUUGUGCCACCGGUGGCUGAAGCCGGAGAGGCACACCAAGGAGCAGAUCCUGGAGCUGCUGAUCCUGGAGCAGUUCUUGGCCAUCCUGCCCAGGGAGAUCCAGGGCUGGGUCAAAGAUGGCUGCCCUGAGACCUGUGCCCAGGCAGUGACUCUGGCUGAAGACUUCCUCUUGAGCCAACAAGAAGUUGAGAGACCGACUCAGCAGGUGCCUGAGUUGUUUGAGGAGAUGGGGGCGAGCUCCCCAAAGGCCAGUGACCAAACCUUGCCAGACAUCGAGCAGAGUCAACGGUGUUUGGAGGUUAAACAGGAGCAGCCUCCGGAGAACUCGUCUUCAG